AUGGCGGCUAACCUUUAUCCACCAGACUCCAGCGGACUGAUUUGUAUCUGCAUUCUCCUGGGGGCCCUGUGGCAAAUACCGGCGGAACAGAUCCGCUACUCGGUGCCUGAGGAGCUGGAGAAAGGCUCUGCGGUGGGCCACAUUGCCAAGGACCUGGGGCUGGAGCCUCGGAAGCUCACGGAGCGCGGAGUCCGCGUCGUCUCCAGAGGUAAAACUCAGCUCUUUGCUCUGAACCCGAGAAGCGGCAGCUUGGUCACCGCUGGCAGGAUAGACCGGGAGCAGCUCUGUGACAGAUCUCCAAAGUGUAUGGCAAACCUGGAAAUUUUCCUAGAGGACAAAGCAAAGAUUUUUGGAAUAGAAGUGGAAAUAAUCGAUGUUAAUGAUAACUCGCCCACCUUUGGAACAGAGCAGAGGGAAAUAAAAGUUGCUGAAAAUGAAAAUCCUGGAGCACGAUUUCCUCUGCCUGAGGCUUUUGAUCCGGAUGUGGGAGUAAAUUCCUUGCAAGGUUAUCAGCUCAGCUCGAAUGUUCACUUCUCUCUGGAUGUGCAAAGUGGGGCAGAUGGAAUUAAGUACCCGGAGUUGGUGCUGGAGCAGGCCCUAGAUCGCGAGGAAGAGGCGGUUCUCCACCUCGUUCUUACUGCCUUUGACGGAGGUGACCCAAUCCGCUCUGGUACUGCCAGUAUUCAUGUAAUACUUUUGGACAUCAAUGAUAAUGCUCCUGUAUUCACUCAACCGGAGUACCACAUAAGUGUUCAGGAGAACUUGCCUGUGGGUACCCGCCUACUCACCAUAAAAGCCACUGAUCCUGAUGAAGGAACCAACGGGGAAGUGACUUAUUCUUUCCGAAACGUAAGAGACAAAAUAUCCCAGCUAUUUCAGUUGAAUUCUCUGACAGGGGACAUAAUAAUAUUGGGGGAUCUAGAUUAUGAGGACUCUGGAUUUUAUGACAUAGAUGUAGAAGCUCAUGAUGGACCUGGUCUCCGAGCCAGAAGUAAGGUACUGGUGACCGUUUUGGACGUAAAUGACAAUGCUCCAGAAGUCACGGUUACCUCUCUCACCAGCUCAAUCCAAGAAACCUCUUCUCCAGGUACAGUAAUUGCAGUUUUCAAUGUGCAUGAUGGUGACUCAGGAGAGAAUGGAUUUGUCACUUGUUCUAUUCUGGAUAAUCUGCCAUUCAGGCUUGAAAAGACCUAUGGAAAUUACUAUCAACUCUUGAUACAUAGAACUCUGGACAGGGAAGAAGUUUCAGAAUAUAACAUUACGAUAACUGCCACUGACCAGGGAAGUCCUCCUCUGUCUACAGAGACUCAUAUCUCACUGCAGGUGAUGGACAUCAAUGAUAAUCCACCCACCUUCACACAUGCAUCCUAUUCUGCCUACAUUCUGGAAAACAACCCCAGAGGAGCAUCCAUCUUAUCCAUGACAGCCCAGGACCCUGACAGUGGUGAGAAUGCCCAUGUCACCUACUCUCUGGCAGAGGACACCAUCCAGGAGAAAACUUUGUCCUCCUAUGUCUCCAUCAACUCCAACACUGGUGUCCUGUAUGCACUGUGCUCCUUUGAUUAUGAGCAGCUCCAACACUUGAAGCUACUGGUGACAGCCAGGGACAGUGGGAACCCUCCACUCAGCAGCAAUGUAUCUCUGAGCCUGUUUGUGCUGGAUCAGAAUGACAACAUUCCUGAAAUCCUGUAUCCUGCCCUCCCCACUGAUGGUUCUACUGGUGUGGAGCUGGCUCCCCGUUCAGCAGAGCCUGGAUAUCUGGUGACCAAAGUGGUGGCAGUGGACAGAGACUCAGGACAGAAUGCCUGGCUGUCCUACCGCUUGCUCAAGGCCAGUGAACCAGGGCUCUUCUCAGUGGGGCUGCAUACUGGUGAGGUGCGCACAGCACGGGCCCUGCUGGAUAGAGAUGUGCUGAAGCAGAGUCUUGUGGUGACUGUCCAGGACCAUGGCCAGCCCCCUCUGUCAGCCUCUGUCACACUCACCAUAGCUGUGGCUGACAGCAUCCCUGAUGUCCUGGCAGAUCUGGGCAGCAUCAGGACUACCGACCCUGAUGGUUCAGACCUCACCCUCUACUUGGUGGUGGCAGUGGCUGCUGUCUCCUGUGUCUUCCUUGCCUUUGUCAUUUUGCUGUUGGCACUCAGGCUACGACGCUGGCACAUGAAUCGCCUACUUCAUGCUGCAAGUAGCAGGUUUGGUGAAGUGUCUGUACCACAAUUUGUAGGCAUGGAUGGGAUGCAGGCAUUCCUUCAGACCUAUUCCCAUGAGGUCUCCCUCACUGCAGACUCCAGGAAGAGCCACCUGAUAUUCCCUCAGCCCAACUAUGCAGACACGCUCAUCAGCCAGGAGAGUUGUGAGAAAAAUGAGCCUCUUCUAGUUCCACAGGAUUUAGGUGAAACUAAAGGAGACCCCAAUCUUCUUCAGGUGAGUCAAUCCUAUAAUCCAUCCUAA